AGGAUUGAUGAUAUUGCACGAACGUUGACGAUCGCUACUUUUGGGUUCACGAACAAUUAUUUCGAUUGAUCCUCAUUCACGAUCGCUUUUUUCAAUGCUCUUGUUCAAUUAGGUUUUUUUUUUCUCUCGAAAAGAGCAUUUCUAUAUUACACAUCGAGCUUGUUCUAUGCAAAAGAGUAAUGCUGUAUCCUGCCACAUCGUACGUCUUAUUUAAACUACCAGAAACAUCUAAAGGAUACAUGCUUUGUAUACCGUCAAGUACGAGAUAUCGUGUGCCGACAUUGUGAGACGAUAAUGGGUAAAAACGGAUGAGACUGCAGACGAAGUAAAAAGAGUAGUCUCAGUGAGGAGUUGCUUGGGAUGUAGCGGAUCUAUAGGGAAGAACUGUUGAUAGUCGUGGAGAAGAUUGGAAAGGUUUGAGGCUUCAUGUCGGGCUGUGCCAUGACGUACCCUUGGUCGAUGUCCGUGAGUGUCGCAAGUGUCGAAAAGAAUCGUCUGGGACUAGGGGAUUAAAGGGAUGGACGAAAUAAUCGACGGAGAAAGCGACGGUAGGGAAGACGGUAGCGGAUUAAAGCGGGCGGUGGGUGUCGUGGGUGUUACGGCAGUCGAUGAUAUAUAAAUGGGAUGCCGCCGUAGUGGUUUGAGGGAGGGAGGGCUCAACGUCGAUACGUAUACAACGAUCAGUAUUAGUCGACACAGCGGUGGGGGGUGGCCGAUUGAUCUUUGUACCAGUGUAUUCUGCGAAAAGCCGAGAAAAGUGCUUGAAAAAAUCGACGCCAGUGUCGUUCGUUGAUGGCAUGUUGAUUGUGACAAUGCGAGCGAAAGAACGAUGAGAGCAUAGAUGUAGGUAACGCGUGUACCAGAAUGGUGCGAGGAAGUGAGGGUGCGAUAAGGGAAAUUUAAACGCGUUAAGAAACAACGAAUUCGAAUCGCGUUGAGAACUUUGCCGUUGAGACGGUGGAUUUCUGCACUUUAUCUGCACUUCAUGAAAUCAACUGAAAGCUGUAAGGGCGAUCAGACGAACAUAUAGAUGUAGAGACAGAUCGAUGGAGAUUGCCGCCAGGGAACACGAGGGAAAGGACGAUUAUUAAGAUUGAGCGAUCAUAGUGAGAGAAGAAAAGUGAAAGGUGGAGGAGAAGGAGGAGGAGGAGGAGAAGAAGAAGAAGAAAGAUGACGAAGGCGAAGGCGAGCCGUGUGGGGAUAAAGAACGUGAGAGUUGAGAAUGAAGGUUUUUACCUUUGUUUUUAGGAAGCGACAUGAAAAAGGAAAGUACUGUAAAAGACAAUAGAUGGAAGAAAGGCGUGGACUGGAAGUAGUUGAAAAAGAAAUGAUUACGAGCUCUCGAAGGAAUGUGCUUAGGCGGUAGGGCGGCGGCACCGCGGCGAAGGCGCCGAUGGUGGUGGUGUUGGUGGUUUAGGAGUCGAAGGAUGAUGUCGUGGUUUACGGUAGUUCAAAUGGUGGGAAUGAUUGGAAUAUUGGCGAUGCUCCGAGUCGCUGAGGGUUGUCCGAGCAUGUGCGCAUGCAAAUGGAAAAGUGGUAAGGAAUGGGUAGAGUGCGCGAAUAGGAAACUGAAGACCGUGCCCCAGGGCGCCCGAGAGGAGACACAGGUUCUUGAUCUCUCGGAGAAUCAGCUAUUCGAGCUGACGUCCGAGAGUUUUCUCGUUCUCGGGCUAACGAACCUUCAAAAGCUUUACUUGGGAAGAUCGAAGAUAAGUAAAAUUUCGGAACGUGCGUUCCUAGGGUUGGUAGGCCUCGUGGAGCUUGAUCUGUCGGGUAAUCUCAUUCAUGCCGUGCCAUCCGAAACAUUCACCUCGUAUCCAGGCCUAAUGCGCUUGAUUCUAAAUGACAACCCGAUACGAACAAUCGCGCGCGAUGCAUUCGCUCCACUCGGCCACCUAACCAACCUCGAGCUGAGUCACUGCCAGCUGGAGUUGAUUGAGAGCGGAGCCUUCGCAGGUUUGCACUCGCUCGAAUGGCUGCGCCUCGAUGGUAACAUUCUUGAGCGGGUGCCAGAAGGUACCCUGCCCCUCGGUGGGAACCUUCACGGCCUGAGUCUACAUAACAAUACCUGGUUCUGUGAUUGCCGGCUUCGACCUUUACACGUAUGGCUCAAGGAAUCACUGGCCAACGUGCCCCAGGAGACGGAACCCAUUUGCCAUUCGCCCGGACGACUUCAUGGUCGACAAAUUAAAUCGGUCAAGUUCGGGGAGCUGGCGUGUCUUCCGCAAAUAACACUGAAGGAGCAUCUCGAGGCUUACGAAGCGAGCAAUCUCAGCAUUCACUGUAACGUAGCAGCGAUACCUGCCGCCCGCAUCACUUGGCUCUUCAACGGGGAACCUUGCGAGCCGCGUAUCGAGAAUUACUCGCUUCCAGGCUCUGCGACAUCUUCUACUACGUCUUUUCAGAGGUACGUCCAUCGGCAGCGUGGGAUCGAGAAUGCGACGAGCACUCUUCUCGUACAAACCCUCGAACCAACCGACGAGGGGACGUACAGUUGCGUGGCCGACAAUGCUGCAGGCAUCGUUGAAGCGAAUCUCUCGUUGCGCGUACUUCUGCGCGAGAAGGUGACGAUCGAGCCGCCUCUCGAUCAACCGAGCACCGGGUACGUCGCGGCGGUCGCUGCGGGUGCUCUCGUAGGAACCCUACUGGCUCUUGGCUGUAUCGUUGGAGGUGUUUUUCUUUGCACUAAGCGACGUCGAGAUUGCAAGAGAAAUGCCAGUAAGCCUCUCGUUUCUCAAAGCAAGGUCAUCGCGCCUAUUGUGAAGGAAAGAAAAAAGAGUAUGAAUUUAUUUGAUCAGCGCAAUCAUCUACAUCAGCAACAUCAGGUAGAGCAAAAAGAGCAUCAUCAUCAUUAUCAUCAUCAUCAUCAUCAUCAACAACAACAACAGCAGCAGCAGCAGCAGCAGCAGCAGCAGCAGCAGCGGCAGCAGCAACAACAAGAAGAAGAGCACCAACAGGAUCAACAGCAUCAAGUUAAUACGACGGAGAGAUCGCGCAAACCAAUGAACAAUCAGACGUUACACGUGGCAUAUCCGAGGGUCAACCUGCUCGAUUCAAGACGGGACUCAUUUGAAGCAACAUACGGGGAUGUAUCUGCAUCCAAGUACUCGACGGAGCCCGACCUGAUAAACGAGGUGACGGAGUCGAACGACGGCGGGUACGAGGCAGCCGCAUAUCGGCAGCAGCUUGCCGACGCUUGUUCCGUUCUUGACGGUUACGAGUCGGCACGCUCAACACCGCCAUUCACAGUACAGCCUGAGUUACGUUCCAGUCAUUUGCAGCACUUGCACCCCCAUCCUCAUCUUCGUCCACAUCCACAUAUGAGCUGUCUCGACCAAGAUGGCUAUCCUUUGAAUUUCGGCCUGCCAAAGGUCCCGCCGUUCAACAACGUCAGUACACUGCCUCGACCACGACAGCGUACAUCCCUCGAAGGAAUGGCGGCUGUCCCAGUUGAUCGCUAUUGCCGCGAGGCUGAGUUUCUCGCUAGGUCGCCACCAUACGCAGUUUGCGUGCCGCGCCCGGACGCUAGAUACACCGCCGAGGGUUAUCCCUAUUCGGCGACACAUCCAGUUCAGUAUCCUCGACAAGGUCUGAAGUUUCAUCAUCACCAUCACCAUCAACAGCAUCACAAUAAUUAUACCUAUCAGCAACAUCAGUUUCGAUAUCAAGAAUCAUCUCUGAAACUCCAAGUUGCCCCGGUAAAUACGAGCAGCACGACGAACACAAAGAUCACUAUGGCUACCCCUGAACCCUCGGCGUUCAUACCAUCGCCUCCAGCAGCUUAUCGUGGAGAAUCAAGUCCUGCAUCACCACGUUCCUUUCUCGACAAAAGCGGAAACUCUAGCGUCACCGAGGCAGCCCCGAUAACAAUGACCACUGCGUCUGCUUCUGGAUCAGCAUCUGGGACUUCAACAUUGACAUCCGUGUCGACAAUCGGUCCCGUAGUUAGUGCAGCUCUAAGACUUAACGGAGACGUCGUUGCUGCGGAGCAUACCGAAAGCCCUGACGAGGGAUACGUCGGAGACGCAAUGGACGUCUGAUGAUUGUACGUAGCGUCCGCGCGCAUCCAAGCGUAACGACUCCUUCCUUCCUCCUCCGUAUGACUUUUUGACUUUUCCAUCAAGAGUCAUCGAAUCGAGUAUUCGAAGGACCUCAUUGGACAUGGUCGUGGUAUGUUGCGACAUCGCUCGCGUUUGGCCUAGCGUGUAAUAAUUAUUUAUGGAUACAAUUCGCGACACUUGUAUCAAGUUGAAUCGUGCAUUGCGUAAGGUGCAAUAGUGAUUUAAUACUUUGAGCCCUUAUUGAUACGAAGGUACUGAGCGAUAUAAGCGGUGAGUAAAAUCGCGACAAGUGUGUUUGCUUAGCGCUCUUUCUGCACACCAUAGAUAGUUUGCGUUUUCGUGGUGGUGUACACGCUAACCCAUGACUUUACGAGUCGGUGGAUCGCUCCUUUUUAAACACGUGGACUCGAAAAAAAGGUACAGCGAAAAUGGAAAUGUCAGUCUUUUUCGAUUCCAUUAAUUGGGAUAGCACAUAAGCCUCAGACAUGUAAAAUGGGACAUUCGAUAUUGUAAAGAGUCACGAAUAGUCACGUAUACCAUACAGAUGUAGUGUAAUGGUCCUAAGAUUACGAGGAUACUCUUUUUUUAAGGAUUUCGAUAUAGUGAGAAUGUGUUGUUCCAUUGUAUCGAGUAGUUAUACAAAAAAUAUAUUGUUAGAAGCCACAA